CCAAAGCCACCGUGUGUGCGGUGAAAUUUCUUACGCUUCAAAUGUGGUCCGACGCGAUGAGCACUUUGGCAAAAAUGUAUCCAAAGUUAAGUGCAGUUGAACUGUCAGCGAUCCUUAUGAAAGGAGCCGCCAUGUCCGCAUCGCUCGAACGAGACUCUGGAUUCAAUUCGGGCAGUUCAGAGCACGAGGAUGAUCUGAAAUCAUUGGAUCAGAGCUCGCGCGAUGGAUUAAUCAGUCCCGAGAACAAUUCCGAGGACUCGGUGCCGGAAGUCAAGCAUGCAUCGUCAACUGCUAUAAUGACGCAGGCUUCCUCGGUAAAGAACAAGCGCAAAAGCACCGAACCGCUGCGUGUAGUUGCCGAGACGGAACUGUUAGCGCCCCUGAAAAAGCGCAUUCGGUACGAUGAAGAACGCAAGCACACCGAAGAUCUGCACCGGCAGCAGCAUCAUCACGAGCAAGAUCACGAAGAGCUCGACGCUACCUCACCCGUUCCAUCGUGCCAUACCGCCACCAGUCCUUUUCGGCCGUGGGCGCCAGCAUCAAUGCCACUGGAAGGAUCUGUGCUAGCACACCCAGCACCCUUUUUGCCGCCGUUUCCUAAUCCGGCCGAUCUUCUGGUGCGUCAUCCCGCCGUCACGACACUGCACCGGGCGGUUAGUAUCAAGCCACUCGAGCAGCUGCAACCUUUGGCCCUGGUGGCUAAAAAGAACAUCUCGUCCUCCUCCUGCUCCUCCUCAUCCAUCUCAAAACACCAAUCGCCACGACCAAGUCCUCGAUCGUCUUCGCGUUCACCGCAACGCACUCCCGACUGGAAGGAGCUGCAGGAGCAACAUGGUCACCUUCACGGCCAUGCACCCUCGGGUUCCCUAUUCGUUCAGCCUCGUGCACCACCCUCCCUCGACGAUACGAACGACUCGAUCACGGAUCACGAGUCAUCAAUUCCUUCCGGUGGGCAUGGCAAGUCCUCCGCACCGGGUGGUGCCGGAUCGCAAACGCGCAACUACAAAAACAUGACGCGCGAAAGGCGAAUCGAGGCAAAUGCUCGUGAGCGCACCCGCGUACAUACGAUCUCGGCCGCGUACGAGAAGUUGCGUCGAGCCGUACCAGCCUACUCGAACGCACAGAAACUUUCGAAGCUGUCCAUCCUGCGUAUCGCGUGCUCCUACAUCUUAACGCUCAGCCGAAUGGCGGGCGAAGAUUACAGCGAGGACGGAUCACAACCAUCGAUCGCCGACUGUGUCGAGAUGGUGACGAAAACGAUCCAAACGGAGGGUAAGAUACGCAAGAAGAAGGACGAAUGAAAGGAGCGAGUCGUACGCGGCGAUUGGAUCUGGGAU